CAAAUACUCUAAUAACACUUAAAAAGCUAGAGCAAGGCUAAUUGAAAACAAACCGAAUUAUUUAUUGUGUCAUAAGACCCUUACGGACACGCCCCACAGAGUCUGUGUGAACUCAUACGACAUGCGUUCUUUCAUUUCUUGGUUCGAACUGUUAGUUGAAUUAGCCGGCAAACAAUCGGCGAUUGUCUCACAGACACAAGUGUUCAAAAGACACACUUCUAAAUGAUCACUAGUAUAGUUAAAAUGUCUACUUGAAGUUGGUACACAAGUUUAAAGAGAUGUCUAUGAAUUUCGGCAUUUAAAUAUGACCAUCAGUAAGUGACUAUAUGUUCUCCCAGUAAUAAAUGAGUAUUUUCUUUACCUUUUCCCUUUGUGCCUUUUUGUCAUGUGAGCUAUUUUUGCCGUCCAAUUUCCACCACAAUUCCUCUGCUUCCACAAAGAGCUAUAAGUACUACCUUUUCAACAAGUAAAUUAGUAGUAGCAAAAAGGGGCUGUGAAUUCCAUCCAUGGCUUCUCUUUGGCUAGCUCUUGCAGUAGUUGUCCUGUUUUUUCUUCUUCUUCAAGAACUGCAGAAGAAGUUCAGUAAGAAGAAAAAGAAACUUCCACCAGGGCCAAGAGGGCUUCCACUUCUUGGAAAUCUACACAUGGUAGGCGAGAAUCUUCACCAAGAUCUUCACAAAAUAGCCAAGAAAUAUGGCCCAAUAAUGACUAUCCGCUUUGGUCUUGUACCUGUCAUUGUUGCUUCCUCUCCUCAUGCUGCAGAACAAUUCUUGAAGAAUCAUGAUUUGGUUUUUGCCAGCAGACCGUAUAAUGAAGUUCCUCAGCAUAUUUUCUAUGAACGGAGGAAUCUGGUAUCAGCCAAGUACGGACCAUAUUGGAGAAACAUGCGCAAAUUGUGCACUCUGCAAUUGCUAAGCAAUGCCAAGAUCCAUCAAUUUCAGCCUAUGAGGAAACAAGAACUCGGAAUUCUUGUGAAUUUCCUCAAACAUGCGGCGUCUGAAGGCACUGUGAUUGAUCUUAGUGCUAAAGUUGCAUCUCUUAGCGCGAACAUGUCUUGUCUGAUGAUAUUUGGGAAGAAGUACAUGGACGAGGAUCUUGGCGAUAAGGGUUUCAAAGCUCUGAUUCAAGAUAUACUGCACAUAGCAGCAUUGCCAAAUUUUGCUGAAUUCUUUCCCUUUCUUCGUGUUCUUGAUCUCCAGGGAUUUGCUCGUCGUAUGAAGGAAUUAGCUAAGCUUUUUGAUGAGUUCCUGGAGAGAGUUAUUGAUGAACAUGUUCAAUCCACUGAGCAGAAGCAAGCAAAAGACAUGGUUGAUACACUGAUGAGUAUUAUGCAAUCUAAAGAAGCUGAAUUCGAGUUUGAUCGUCGACAUAUCAAAGCUAUUUUGCUGGACUUGCUGAUAGCUUCAAUGGAUACUUCAUCAACAACAAUCGAAUGGACUCUAACGGAACUUUUAAGGCAUCCUGAAGUGAUGAAAAAGCUCCAGAAUGAGUUGGAACAAGUAGUUGGUAGAAACAGGAUGGUGGAAGAAUCAGAUUUAGAAAGUCUGGAGUAUUUGGAUAUGGUCAUAAAAGAAGGUUGUAGGCUCCAUCCAGUUGCACCAUUAUUGCUUCCUCAUGAGUCUAUUGAAGAUUGCACGGUUGAUGGUUUUCAUUUACCUAAAGGAUCCCGACUUUUGCUUAAUGUUUGGGCAAUCGGGAGAGAUUCAGACACUUGGAUUGAGCCAGAAAAGUUCAAACCUGAGAGGUUUCAAGGAAGCAAUGUUGAUCUCCGAGGACGAAAUUAUGAACUUUUACCAUUUGGCUCUGGGAGAAGAGGCUGCCCUGGUUUACAGCUCGGGCUUACCAUCGUUCGUUUGGUGGUUGCACAAUUGGUUCACUGCUUUGAUUGGGAGCUACCAAAUGGCAUGCUGCCAAAAGAUAUUGACAUGACUGAAAAAUUUGGAUUAGUAACAGCUAGAGCUCAACAUCUAAUGGCGACUCCUACUUAUCGAUUGCAUAUGUAGUAAAAUGCAAAUGUCAAAAUAAGUCAAGGAGAUGCACUGCCAUUGGUUUGAAUAAGAUGAGGGUUAGACCAAAAAGGAGGGCAUUUGUUUGUAUUUCCUAUUGUAUGUUGAACUUAUUUUUGAACAAGUACCUUUGUUAUAUUUCUUCUAAGUUUGCCUUAAGAAACACCAGAACAUAAAUAAGAUGAGGGUUAGACCAAAAAGGAGGGCAUUUGUUUGUAUUUCCUAUAGUAUGUUGAACUUAUUUUUGAACAA